AUGGAGCCGCACGUGCUCGGCGCCGGGCUCUACUGGCUGCUGCUGCCCGGCGCGCUGCUGGCCGCCUGCCUGCUCCGCGUCAACGCGCUCUCCCUGGUCUACCUGCUGUUCCUGCUGCUGCUGCCCUGGUUCCCAGGCCCCUCCUGGCACAGCCUCCGAGGUCACACUGGCCGCCUCCUCCGAGCCCUGCUGGGCCUCAGCCUCCUCUUCCUGGCUGCCCACCUGGCCUUCCAGAUAUGCCUGCACGUCGUGCCGCGCCUGGACCAGCUGCUGGGGCCCAACUGUGGCCCCUGGGAGACCCUCUCCCGUCAUGUGGGGGUCACAAGGCUGGACCUCAAGGACAUCCCCAACGCCAUCCGCCUGGUGGCCCCCGACCUGGGCAUCCUGGUGGUCUCCUCCGUGUGCCUGGGCCUCUGCGGGCGCCUGGUGCGGAGGGCACGGCAGAGCCAGCAUGCCCGGGAGCCGGAUGACGACGAGAGGGAGGCGGACGCCCGGCCCCUGGCAGGGCUCCGGGGAGGCCCCGCGCUGGCCGCCAAGCGGAGAUCUCGACUGGCCGCCCGGUUCCGGGUCACCGCCCACUGGCUGCUGGUGGCCGCCGGGCGCAUGCUGGCCAUCGCGCUGCUGGCGUUGGCAGGCAUCGCCCACCCCUCGGCCUUCUCCAGCCUCUACUUCCUGGCCUUCCUGGCCAUCUGCACCUGGUGGGCCUGUCACUUCCCCAUCAGCCCGCUGGGCUUCAGCACGCUCUGCGUCUCCGUGGGCUGCUUCGGCGCCGGCCACCUGCUCUGCCUCUACUGCUACCAGACGCCCUUCGCCCAGGCCCUGCUCCCGCCCGCCAGCAUCUGGGCCAGGGUGUUCGGCCUCAAGGACUUCAUGGUUCCGGCCAACUGCUCCAGCCCGCACACCCUGACCCUCAACACCCAGCACGACUGGCCGGUGUACGCGAGCCCCGGCCUGCUGCUGCUGCUGUACUACACCCUGGUCUCGCUGCUGAAGCUGCGCCCCCACCGGCCCGCCGACCAGAGGAAGGAGGUGACUGGGGGCGAGGAGGAGCGAGAGGUGGAGCUGACCGAGGUGGACCAGUGGCUGCAGGACCAGGCUUGGGCAGCCGCCGACAAGGAAACUGGAGCUGCCCAGCCGGCGGCGCCCGCGUCUCUGGAGCCGGAGAACUGCACCGUGCACGACUUGACUGGCCACAGCCCCGUCCGGCAGCACCCGAGGCGCCCCCGGCUGGCGGGACCCCAGGAGCCAUCACCGCUGCACAGCCUGGGCCACCUCAUCAUGAACCAGAGCUACGUGUGCGCCCUCAUCGCCAUGAUGGUCUGGAGUAUCACCUACCACAGCUGGCUGACCUUCGUGCUGCUGCUCUGGGCCUGCGUCAUCUGGACAGUGCGCAGUCGCCACCAGCUGGCCAUGCUGUGCUCGCCCUUCAUCCUGCUCUACGGGCUGGCGCUGUGCGGCCUGCGCUACGUGUGGGCCAUGGAUCUGCAGCGCGAGCUUCCUGUCAUGCUGGGCCCCGUCAGCCUGCGCCAGCUGGGGCUGGAGCACACGCGCUACCCCUGCCUGGACCUGGGCGCCAUGCUGCUGUACACCCUGACCUUCUGGCUCCUGCUGCGCCAGUUUGUCAAGGAGAAGCUGCUGAGGGGGGCCAAGGCUCCGCCCACGCUGACGGGGGUGACCGUGGCUGACACAGAGCCCACGCGGACGCGCACGCUGCUGCGGAGUCUGGGGACGCUGGUGACGGGCGCGUACGCCAAGUACUGGAUCUACGUGUGCGCGGGCAUGUUCAUCGUGGUCAGCUUCGCCGGCCGCCUGGUGGUCUACAAGAUCGUCUACAUGUUCCUCUUCCUGCUGUGCCUCACGCUCUUCCAGGUCUACUACAGCCUGUGGAGGAAGCUGCUCAAGGUGUUCUGGUGGCUGGUGGUGGCCUACACCAUGCUGGUGCUCAUCGCCGUCUACACCUUCCAGUUCCAGGACUUCCCCGCCUACUGGCGCAACCUGACGGGCUUCACGGACGAGCAGCUGGAGGACCUGGGCCUGGAGCAGUUCAGCGUGUCCGAGCUCUUCUCCAGCAUCCUCAUCCCCGGCUUCUUCCUGCUCGCCUGCAUCCUGCAGCUGCACUACUUCCACCAGCCCUUCAUGCGGCUCACCGACCUGGACCGGGUGCCCCCGCCCCGCGCCCAGCGGCCGCGCUGGGCCUCCAGGCAGGACGGGGUGAGCGGGACCCCGCUGCUACAGCAGGAGGCGGCGGAGGGGGCACCUGGACCCCCCCAGGCCACGCGGGCCCCGGAAGGUAAGCCCAAGUGGGGCCUGGUGGCCGAGCGCCUGCUGGAGCUGGCGGCCGGCUUCUCCGCCGUGCUCACCCGCGUGCAGGUGCUGGCGCGGCGCCUGCUGGAGCUGCACGUCCUCAAGCUGGUGGCCCUCUACACCGUCUGGGUGGCCCUGAAGGAGGUGUCGGUGAUGAACCUGCUGCUGGUGGUGCUCUGGGCCUUCGCGCUGCCCUACCCCCGCUUCCGGCCCAUGGCCUCCUGCCUGUCCACCGUGUGGACCUGCAUCAUCAUCGUGUGCAAGAUGCUGUACCAGCUCAAGGUCGUGCGGCCGCAGGAGUACGCCAGCAACUGCACGGAGCCCUUCCCCAACAGCACCAACCUGCAGAAGGCCGAGAUCAGCCAGUCCCUGCUCUACCGCGGCCCCGUCGAUCCCGCCAACUGGUUUGGGGUGCGGAAGGGCUUCCCGAACCUGGGCUACAUCCAGAACCACCUGCAGAUCCUGCUGCUGCUGGUGUUCGAGGCCAUGGUGUACCGGCGCCAAGAGCACCACCGCCGCCAGCACCAGCUGGGCCCGCUGCCCGCGCAGGCCGUCUGCGCCGACGGCACCCGCCAGCGGCUGGACCGCGACCUGCUCAGCUGCCUCAAGUACUUCAUCAACUUCUUCUUCUACAAAUUCGGGCUGGAGAUCUGCUUCCUGAUGGCCGUGAACGUGAUCGGCCAGCGCAUGAACUUCAUGGUCAUCCUCCACGGCGGCUGGCUGGUGGCCAUCCUCACGCGCCGGCGCCGCGCGGCCAUCGCCCGCCUCUGGCCCAACUACUGCCUCUUCCUGACGCUCUUCCUGCUGUACCAGUACCUGCUGUGCCUGGGCAUCCCCCCCGCCCUGUGCAUAGACUACCCGUGGCGCUGGAGCCAGGCCAUCCCCAUGAACUCGGCGCUCAUCAAGUGGCUGUACCUGCCCGACUUCUUCCGGAGCCCCAACUCCACCAACCUCAUCAGCGACUUCCUGCUGCUGCUCUGCGCCUCGCAGCAGUGGCAGGUCUUCUCGGCCGAGCGCACCGAGGAGUGGCAGCGCAUGGCCGGCGUCAACACGGACCACCUGGAGCUGCCCCGGGGGGAGCCCAACCCCGUGCCCAACUUCAUCCACUGCAGGUCCUCCCUGGACAUGCUCAAGGUGGCCGUCUUCCGCUACCUCUUCUGGCUGGUGCUGGUGGUGGUGUUCGUCACGGGGGCCACCCGCAUCAGCGUCUUCGGGCUCGGCUACCUGCUGGCCUGCUUCUACCUGCUGCUCUUCGGCACCGCCCUGCUGCAGAGGGACACCCGCGCCCGCCUGCUGCUCUGGGACUGCCUCAUCCUCUACAACGUCACCGUCAUCGUCUCCAAGAACUUGCUCUCGCUCCUGUCCUGCGUCUUCGUGGAGCAGAUGCAGAGCAGCUUCUGCUGGGUGAUCCAGCUCUUCAGCCUCGUGUGCACCGUCAAAGGCUACUACGACCCCAAGGAGAUGCUGGGCAGGGACCAGGACUGCCUGCUGCCCGUGGAGGAGGCGGGCGUGCUCUGGGACAGCGUCUGCUUCCUGUUCCUGCUGCUGCAGCGCCGCGUCUUCCUCAGCUACUACUUCCUGCACGUCAGGGCGGAGCUGCAGGCCACCGCCAUGCAGGCCUCCAGGGGCUUCGCCCUCUACAACGCCGCCAACCUCAAGACCAUCGACCUGCACCGCCGGGCGGAGGAGAAGUCCCUGGCGCAGCUGAAGAGACAGAUGGAGCGCAUCCGGGCCAAGCAGGAGAAGCACCGCCAGGGCCAGACUGGCCAGGGCCGCCCCCAGGACCCCCGCCAAGAGCCAGGGCCCAGCAGCCCGGGGGGCUCCCCCGCGCCCCCGAGACAGUGGUGGCGGCCCUGGCUGGACCACGCCACAGUCAUCCACUCUGGGGACUACUACCUGUUCGAGUCUGACAGCGAGGAGGAGGAGGAGGUGCAGCCCGAGGACCCGCGGCCGUCGGCACAGAGCGCCUUCCAGAUGGCGUACCAGGCGUGGGUCACCAACGCCCAGACCGUGCUGAGGCAGCGGCGGGAGGAGCAGGCCCGGCAGGAGCAGGCAGGGCAGCUGCCCACAGGAGGAGGCCCCAGCCAGGAGGCAGAGGCGCCACAGGACGAGGUAGCAGGCCGCAGCCACGUGAUGCAGCGCGUGCUGAGCACUGUGCAGUUCCUGUGGGUGCUGGGCCAGGCGCUGGUGGACGGGCUCACGCGCUGGCUGCACACCUUCACGCGCCACCACCAGGCCACCAGCGACGUGCUGCGCGCCGAGCGCUACGUGCUGGCCGAGAAGCUGCUGCGGGGCGAGGAGGUGGGCAGCGAGGUGCUGGACCAGCUGUACGCCAGCGAGACGGAGGCCCGCGACGAGCCAAGCCUCACGUCGAGCGGGCUGGGCGCCGAGGAGCCGCUGAGCAGCGUGACGGACACCAGCAGCCCCCUGAGCACGGGCUACAGCACCCGCAGCGGCAGCGAGGAGGCGGUCCCGGGGCCCUCCCUGCGCGGCUCCCGGGAGCUGCCGGCCAGCGUGCGCCGCACCCGCACGGCCAGCGAGCUGCUCCUGGACAGGCGCCUGCACAUCCCGGAGCUGGAGGAGGCCCGGCGCUUCUCCGAGGGCCAGGGCCGGCCGCUGCGGCUGCUGCAGGCCGUGUACCAGUGCGUGGCCGCGCACUCCGAGCUGCUGUGCUACUUCAUCAUCAUCCUGAACCACAUGGUCACCGCCUCGGCCGUCUCGCUGGUGCUGCCCGUGCUGGUCUUCCUCUGGGCCAUGCUGUCCAUCCCACGGCCCAGCAAGCGCUUCUGGAUGACGGCCAUCAUCUUCACCGAGGUCACUGUGGUCACCAAGUACCUGUUCCAGUUCGGCUUCUUCCCCUGGAACGGCCAGGCUGUGCUGCGGCGCUACGAGAACAAGCCCUACUUCCCGCCGCGCAUCCUGGGCCUGGAGAAGACGGAUGGCUACAUCAAGUACGACCUGCUGCAGCUCAUGGCGCUCUUCUUCCACCGCUCGCAGCUGCUGUGCUACGGCCUCUGGGACCACGAGGAGGAGCCUGACACCAAGGCGCGCGGCAGGGACGGUGGGGAGCAAGGGGCUGAGGAGCUGGAGGCCCUGCUGGGACCCGAGACCGAGGCGGCGGCGGACCCCCCCGAGCACAGCGUGCAGGCGGACGUGAGGGGCGGGCCCUCCGAGGAGCUCGAGAUCCAGAGCAGGACGCGCACGAGCCUGCGCUUCAGGAGGCGGGAGAGCAGCACCCCCAGAGGCCUGGCGGAAACUGAAGCUGAGGAGUCCGAGGAGGAAGCCGCAGGGACAGAGAAGAGGCACCGACGCCCCGGGGACCGAGUGCGGGCAGCCGGGCAGCAGCUGCAGAGGCUCUGCCUGUCCUUGGCCCAGGGCAUGUACCGGCCCCUGCGGCGUUUCUUCCACGACAUCCUGCACACCCAGUACCGGGCGGCCACCGACGUCUACGCCCUCAUGUUCCUGGCCGACGUGGUCGACUUCAUCAUCAUCAUCUUUGGCUUCUGGGCCUUCGGGAAGCACUCGGCGGCCACGGAUAUCACCUCGUCGCUGUCGGACGACCAGGUGCCCGAGGCCUUCCUCGUCAUGCUGCUGAUCCAGUUCAGCACCAUGGUGGUGGACCGCGCCCUCUACCUGCGCAAGACCGUGCUGGGCAAGCUGGCCUUCCAGGUGGCGCUGGUGCUGGCCAUCCACCUCUGGAUGUUCUUCAUCCUGCCCGCCGUCACGGAGAGGAUGUUCAGCCAGAACGCGGUGGCCCAGCUGUGGUACUUCGUCAAGUGCAUCUACUUCGCCCUGUCCGCCUACCAGAUCCGCUGCGGCUACCCCACCCGCAUCCUCGGCAACUUCCUCACCAAGAAGUACAACCACCUCAACCUCUUCCUGUUUCAGGGGUUCCGGCUGGUGCCCUUCCUGGUGGAGCUGCGGGCCGUGAUGGACUGGGUGUGGACGGACACCACGCUGUCCCUGUCCAACUGGAUGUGCGUGGAGGACAUCUACGCCAACAUCUUCAUCAUCAAGUGCAGCCGCGAGACGGAGAAGAAAUACCCACAGCCCAAGGGGCAGAAGAAAAAGAAGAUUGUCAAGUACGGCAUGGGCGGCCUCAUCAUCCUCUUCCUGGUGGCCAUCAUCUGGUUCCCGCUGCUCUUCAUGUCCCUGGUGCGCUCCGUGGUGGGCGUGGUCAACCAGCCCAUCGAUGUCACCGUCACCCUCAAGCUGGGGGGCUACGAGCCCCUGUUCACCAUGAGCGCCCAGCAGCCGUCCAUCCAGCCUUUCACACAGGCGGCCUACGACGCGCUGUCCCAGCACUUCGACCCCAACCCACUGGCCAUGCAGUUCAUCAGCCAGUACAGCCCCGAGGACAUCGUCACGGCCCACAUCGAGGGCAGCUCGGGGGCGCUGUGGCGCAUCAGCCCGCCCAGCCGGGCACAGAUGAAGCGCGAGCUGUACAACGGCACAGCCGACAUCACCCUGCGCUUCACCUGGAACUUCCAGAGGGACCUGGCCAAGGGCGGCACCGUGGAGUACACCAACGAGAAGCACGUGCUGGACCUGGCCCCCAACAGCACCGAGCGGCGGCAACUGGCCAGUCUGCUCGAGGGCACCUCGGACCAGUCAGUGGUCAUCCCCAACCUCUUCCCCAAGUACAUCCGCGCCCCCAACGGGCCCGAAGCCAACCCGGUGAAGCAGCUGCAGCCCAAUGAGGAGGCCGACUACCUGGGGGUGCGCAUCCAGCUGCGGAGGGAGCGUGUGGGCUCGGGGGCCACCGGCUUCCUCGAGUGGUGGGUCAUCGAGCUGCAGGACUGCCGGGCUGACUGCAACCUGCUGCCCAUGGUCAUCUUCAGCGACAAGGUCAGCCCGCCCAGCCUGGGCUUCCUGGCCGGCUACGGGAUCAUGGGGCUGUACGUGUCCAUCGUGCUGGUCAUCGGCAAGUUCGUGCGCGGCUUCUUCAGCGAGAUCUCGCACUCCAUCAUGUUCGAGGAGCUGCCGUGCGUGGACCGCAUCCUCAAGCUGUGCCAGGACAUCUUCCUGGUGCGCGAGACGCGGGAGCUGGAGCUGGAGGAGGAGCUGUACGCCAAGCUCAUCUUCCUGUACCGCUCGCCCGAGACCAUGAUCAAGUGGACGCGGGAGAAGGAGUAGGGCGCCCGCGGGCGUGAAGGUGAAGGAGCUGGCGGCCGACGCCCCCUCCCCGACCCCCCCCCGCCCGUGAGCCGAUGCUGCUG